AUGCUGACCGCUGACGACAGGAAGGUCAUCCCGCAGGUCUGGGAGAGGGUGAUGGGACACCAGGAAGCCUUUGGAGCCAAGACCCUGGAGAGGAUGUUCAUGGUCUACCCCCAGACCAAGACCUACUUCCCCCACUUUGACCUGCACCAUGGCUCUGACCAGAUCCGCAGCCACGGCAAGAAGGUGAUGAACGCCCUGGGCAACGCCGUGAAGAACCUGGACAACCUCAGCCAGGCCAUGUCCGAGCUCAGCAACCUGCAUGCCUACAACCUGCAUGUGGAUCCCGUCAACUUCAAGCUGCUGUCACAGUGCUUCCAGGUGGUGCUGGCUGUGCACCUGGGCAAGGACUACACCCCCGAGGUCCACUCCGCCUUCGACAAGUUCUUGGCAGCCGUGGCCUCCGCCUCCGUGCUGGCUGAGAAGUACAGAUGA